AUGGUGGGUGCGGCACUGCAGGAAACAGAAGUGCAUGGCGACAAAAUACGCGAGAACAAUGAUCAAACACAUGAGCCGUCACAACCGCAGGAUGUCAGUUGUCCCUGUUCGUUUUUGCACGACGCCAAGUUAGACUUUGACCGAGUGAAUUGCGGCGCCAAAGUAUUUAACAGGGGGCGAGAAUGCAACAAAGCCAGAUACACACCCGUAAAAGCGGUCCCGAUCAAGGAGAUACUGGCGACCGAUGCGAGAAAGCAACGCAGCAACCGCUUCCACCCCGGAACCAUCCUGUGCUUCAGAAAAGACCGUUACGCCAUGGCAGCGACUGCCACGUGGGCAGUUCUAUACCUCGCAGAGACGCCAUGGCUACUAACGGACUGGGAUGGCAAGGAACAGCUGCAGCUGAUUCAGAGGCAACAGUCGCCUGGCGGCACGUUUGCAACAAUUUCGACGCUGCUAUGGGAUCCAGGGCGAAAGCAGCAGUACCGCAAGAUGCCGCUCCCGCUGCCGACGUGGUGUUCUGGCUCAGUCCGCAACGGCACGCUCUUCGCAUUGGGGAUCCUACUGAUUGAGCUGGGCCUCAACCAGUCCUUUGAGCAGCUCCGAGACGAUGAGUGGUACGGCUAUGCGGUGCAGAGGUGCCUCCGCUUCGAGUUCCCUGGCAGGGAUGUCACCAAGUCCAUUCAAUUCGACCAGUUUCGCCAUCAAUUCUUCUUCCUGUGCGUCGUCGCACCGGUGCAGGCGACGUUUGCAUUGCUAGCUUCGUCUUGUUCACUGCUGUGA